AUGCCGGAGGAGAGGCCAGCCGAGUGCGAUGCUGCGAUCUUCGAAAGACUACAGCAGACAUGCUUCAAGCACCAGGAAACUUGGAAGAAGUGGCUUCCAUACUACGGGGUGACCAAGGUUGAAGAAGUGAAAUUCCACGUUGCUGGGGUGGUCAAGAAUGACAAUCCUUUCUCAUGCGAGAUCUCCUGA